GUAUCGAAGCCUGAAGCAGUUCAACGUGGACAUCUGCCAGACUUGCUUCCUCACCGGGCGAGCCAGCAAGGGCAACAAGCUGCACUACCCCAUCAUGGAGUACUACACCCCGACCACGUCCAGUGAGAACAUGAGAGACUUUGCCACGACGCUGAAGAACAAGUUUCGGUCCAAGCAAUACUUCAGCAAGCACCCACAGAGAGGUUACCUGCCUGUCCAGUCCGUACUCGAGGCUGAUUUUUCGGAGACACCAGCCUCCUCCCCGAUGUUACCGCACGCUGACACCCACUCCCGGAUCGAGCACUUUGCCAGCAGGCUCGCGGAGAUGGAAAGCCAGAACUGUUCCUUUUUCAGCGACAGCCUGUCCCCUGACGAUAGCCUGGAUGAGGACCAGUACCUGCUGCGCCAUUCCAGCCCCAUCACUGACAGAGAGCCUGGGGGCAGCCAGCAGGUUUCAGGAAGCCUCAACAUGGAUGACAAGGGAGAGCUGGAGCGAAUCCUGGCUCACUUAGAGGAUGAAAACAGGAUCCUCCAGGGAGAGCUGAGACGUCUGAAAUGGCAGCAUGAUGAGGCGGUGGAGUCUCCAACCUUGGCCACAGGCUCCCCUGAAUCGGUGCAAGACCCGCGUAACGAUGAGCUCUUGGCGGAAGCACGAAUCCUCCGGCAGCACAAGAGCCGCCUGGAGACCCGCAUGCAGAUUCUGGAGGACCACAACAAGCAGCUGGAGUCCCAGCUGCACCGGCUGAGGGAGCUACUGCUGCAGCCUCCGGCAGAGUCGGACGGCAACGGUUCUGCAGCCUCUUCCUUGGCUUCGUCACCACAUCAGUCUGAAGGCAGCCAGGCAAAGGAGAAGGAGCACAACACCCCUGACACUGAGGUUGCAGAUGAGGUGGAAGCCAAAACCCACGAAGUCAGCGUGUGCCUGGAAGACAUCAUGGAGAAGCUGCGGAGCGCCUUCCCCAACUCUCGAGGUACUCAAGUGAAAUCCCCCUCUCUGGCCUCUUACUGCUCCCUCAGAUGAGGUUUUCCCCACGGACUCCUUCCCCGAGCCCAGCUUCCCUGC